CUCGCGCCGCCGCCGCCACCGCCACCCCCACCCCAUCCGACGCCGGCGUUCCCCUCCUGGUUCUCCGUCUGUAGCGCAUCGCCCCGCUCCUCCCGUCACCGCCGGAUCGCCCCGCCCAGGUUCGGAUGGCCGCGGCCACGCGCGCCGCUACGGCGACGGCGACGAAGCAGGUGACGAGGCGGAACUUCGCGGAGGCCGUGCAGGAGCUGGCGGCCCGCCUGGAGACGUGCGACUACGUUGCCAUCGCCGCGCAGAAGACGGGCGCCCCAACGGGCUGGCGGCACGCGCUGCUGGUGGACACCCCGGAGACGGCGUAUCUGAAGGCCAGACUCGCCGCGGAGUCCUUCCAGCCGCUCCACUUCGCCAUCUGUCCCUUCCGCAUUGAUGCUGCAUCCCCUUCCACACUCGUCGCCUAUCCGUACAAUUUUCAUUUAUUUCCCAGAGAUGAGCUACAGAUAGGAAUGCCUUCUUAUAGUUUUUCCUGUCAAUCAUCUUAUUUAUCAUCUAUGGCUCAUAGUGGUUUUGAUUUCAAUAUGUGCAUUUAUGAUGGUAUAUCUUAUUUAUCAAGGGUUCAAGAAUCCUUGGCAAGGGAAAAGAUAUUUAUCCCUCAUGUUCGCCAAUUGUCACCAACACCAAGCACAUCUGUUGCUGAUUCCGUUUUUAUGAGUAGAAUUAAAUCGAGAAUAGAGCAUUGGCGAAAAGGAUAUACAAAACCAAGUAAUACAGCUGAUGGUUCUUUAGUGAGUUCCCUUAGGCAACUGAUUUUGGGUGGUGAAUCAUAUGGCUCAAGACCCAGUUUCAGCAUUGAUGUUUGCAGUGAUCGCCAAGUUCAACUGGUAUUGGAGGCAGUAAAUCAUAUAUCUGAUGACCUUGUAGCUCUUGUUGUUCCGGACAAAGCUGGGGCAGCUAGGGCAGUGCGUGUGAUCUUUACUAGUUCUACAGAAGAUAAGAACCUUCUCCUGAUGGAUAUAGAAAAAAUGGAGGAUGAACAUAAUUUGAAGUUCCGUGGUUUUCGAGAAGUUAUCGAUCUACUUUCAUCUUCACAGAAACCAAUUAUAUCUUAUAAUUGCUUGAACGAUUUCACAAUGAUACACUCUAAAUUUGUUGGACCUCUUCCACCAAACUUGCAUGAAUUCAUGUGUUCCUUGAGGAUGGUAUUCUCUAACGUUAUUGACAUCAGUCACAUGUGGAGGGAAAUUGGCCCAUUGAGAAAAGCAAAGAAUAUACAAGCUGCUCUGAGUUACUUGCAGAGACAGUACUUUGUGCCAAUGGAUGUAGAAAUUCCUCAGCAAGAUAGUAACAACUGUAUCACAAAAAGUGGGGAAAAUGUUCUGAGAAUAACAAAGUUGUUUGCUAAGCUAAGUUAUUUACUGAAAAUCAGUCCCAAUGGUCAAUCUCACUCUGGCCAGAAGUGUCACACAGUUGAGGAAUAUUCUUACAUAUUUUAUCCGAGUUGUAUGGAUGAAGAUUCUGAAGAUGUUAAGUUUGCUAAUGAGUCAGAUACCACCAGAUCAAUGAGAACUGACAAUGUUGUUCUUUUAUGGGGGUUUAGAGAGACAUCUGUCAAAGAACUGAGAUCUCGCCUUGCAAGCUUGCAUCAUACCUUCUCAAAAGAUUUUGAGCUCAAAUUAUUGGAUAACUCAUGCUCAGCUUUGAUAUUCCGCAGCUCUGAUAUGGCAAUGGAAUUACUAAGAGAAAUAAACUCAGAAAGCCCCUCUCUGAAUAAUUUCUUUUCAGAAGGACUGAAAGCUGCAGGAUUUGAAGUCUACAGGAAGGUUUGCAGGUUAGGGCUUUGGGAUUCAGAUUUAGCUGAGGCUCUAGAUGGUGUUUCAUCCGAGCCGUCUACUUCAACGCUAUCUGGGUAUGGAACUUCUGAGAUAUACUGGAAUACUUCACUGAUGCUAGAUCUAAAGGAGUAUCUGGAAUGCUAAAACAUCACAUAACACCUAGAUUUUUCGUCUCAGAUUAGUGAGAGUUUCCAGGUUGAGUAAUUCCAAGAAAUGCUAUUGGCAAACGCCCCAAGUCUAAGAAAUAUCAUCAACGAGUACGAGUUUCAUGAAAUGUCAUCUUACAUACAACUGUCCCAAAAAUGUUGUCGUCAUUAUGGUUCCGUCCAUCUUGCGCUAUUAAAUGCAUUGUCUAUCUUACAACACUUAACAGAGGGCUGCUAACAAGAUCCUUAUGGCAAUGAUUUUCUCUUCCAGGUUUGAUACUCUGAUCAACCACAACCAGUCAGCAUUGCUGGAAUCUUCGAUGAAGCUAAGGCAUCAUCCUAUGUGAACAUGACUUGGGUGAUGAUUAUGUUACUUGACCAACCAUACAUGGCUUGCACAGCAACACCAGGCAUUCUGAAGUGAAGGGCAUCCUAGUACACAAUCAGUUGGUCAUUGCUUCAUUUGAUGGACCACUUGCUGACCUGAAGGGGAAAUCAGUUAUACGGACUCGAUGCCCACACGAGGACGACCUCACCAUAUUCUCAUCCCAAAUGAUUGAUCCAUAAUGGUCUUCUCUGGCCUUGAGAGCAACGCAGGAUUCUUCUACGACAACUUGCCAGUUGCAGCACGUAUGGUAUCCUCAAAGUCUGGUACUCAGGUGGGAUUGCACGGGAACCUAGCCGUAAAGUCAGUCACAGAAUUGUGAACGCAUGCCAUCGUGCUCCUGCCUAACCACAUGGCGACUCCUGGCCUGUAGAACAGCACCGUGAAUGCAAGCAAUGCGAAAGUCUUCUUUCGACACACUACAUCGACAAUAUAUCGAGACAUUUGCAGUGGGAACAGUAUGCUUUAAUCUUGCCUAGCAGUGCUCUCGUAAACCAAUCAAAUCAACAGACUAGUUAAAAUGGCAUAGUAUUGUUGUAGUCCAAAUCUGAUGGGAUAGAAGGCAAAUUAGUGGACCUUUUGUCUGUUUAAGCAUCGGUCUGAAGAAGAAACAUUUGUGCUUUCUGAGCAUGAGCACUUCAAAAAGAAACUAGAUCUGUAUUCUUUCUCGUUCUUUACUUUAUAUUAUUGAUGUUAUACGAAGUCUGAUUUAUAGAUGCUGAAACGGUUGUUUUUCUCUAUUUGACAGUCGAUCUUCUUAAUGGCAACCGUAUGUAUUUACGUAGAUCCAAUUUGCUUGAUGCCAUCACAAAAUUCGUGAGGUUGAAAAUACCAUCGUCUAUGCCUCACAUACGCAGGGGGACGAAUCUAGCCGGUGAAAAGGAGGGCUUCCUUUUUUUAGCCUUCUCUACUCCCUUUCUUUCUUUCUUUUUACAUGUAUAUCUCCUAUUUUCUACGGGGAUCCAGCGGACAGUGAGCUUGAGCUCUCCUAGCGUCCACGUUGUAUCUGUCAUUGUACAUAUGAUGUUUUUGUAAUC